AUGGCAUUGCGAAGUGGCCUUAGUUUAUUGAGAUAUAUUUCGCUGCGUACUUCGAGUAGGGUAUUAUCGACACACAUAAAUCCAGAAAUCAAUCAAAAUGGCGAAAAAACCGCAGAAUUUCCUGGUGCAAAAGCUCCCUACGUGACGGAGAUGAAGUUCUUAAAUGAAAAUAGCUAUGAAUCUAUACCUAUCUAUCGAGUACUGGACAACAAUGGAGAUGUCAUACUUGCCAAUGAAGAGCCAACACUUGACAAAGAAACUUUACUUAAUAUGUACAAGAGCAUGGUUCAGCUAAAUCAAAUGGACAAGAUACUAUACGAGUCGCAAAGACAGGGGCGCAUAUCUUUCUACAUGACUAACUACGGCGAAGAAGGUAUGCACGUGGGCAGCGCAGCAGCUCUUUCGCCGCAAGAUCUAAUUUUUGCUCAGUACAGAGAGGUAGGAGUCCUGCUCUAUCGGGGUAUGACUAUCACAGAACUGAUAAACCAAUGCUACGGCAACCACGAGGAUCCCGGAAAAGGGAGGCAUAUGCCGGUCCACUACGGAAGUAAACAAUUAAAUGUAGUAACGAUAUCUAGUCCCUUGGCGACACAAAUGCCGCAAGCCGUGGGCGCAGCGUAUGCUUUUAAAAGAACGCCCGACAAUGAUCGCUGCGUAAUUUGUUACUUCGGCGAAGGAGCUGCAUCAGAAGGAGACGCUUUUGCUGCCUUCAACUUCGCUGCUACACUCGACUGCCCCGUUAUAUUGUUUUGCAGAAACAAUGGUUACGCGAUAUCGACACCCUCAAGCGAGCAAUACCGUGGAGACGGUAUCGCCGCCAGGGGUCCAUCUAUGGGGCUGCACACUAUACGAGUGGACGGAACAGAUGCCCUCGCUGUAUACAACGCGGUAGCAAGAGCUAGAGAACUAGCCGUCAAAAAUAAACCUGUCCUCAUUGAAGCCAUGUCUUAUAGGGUAGGUCAUCACUCCACAUCGGAUGAUAGUACAGCCUAUAGAUCCCUGGAGGAGAUACAAAAAUGGACGAGCGAUGAAAACCCUGUACAAAAGCUAAGACUGUACCUAGAGCGCAAAGGACUUUGGAAUGAAGAAUCUGAAAAAUCACUUAUCAAGGAGUCACGCGACUUUGUCGUUCGAACAAUGCAAGACGCUGAAAAGAAGAAAAAGCCGCAUUGGAAAGAAAUGUUCGAAGACGUGUACUAUGAUAUGCCACUAAAGUUACAGAAACAAAUGCACGAAAUGGAAGACCAUCUGCGGAAAUACGAAGAACAUUAUCCGAUGGAGAACUACGAAAAAGAAUAA